GCGGGGAUUCGGGAGCUGCCGGAGGCCCUGGGUCCUGGACCGGCUGAACCGGGUCCUCGGACAGACAGCGGGCCACGGGGAGCUUCGGCGGGUGAGGGAGGAGAGCCGGAGCCGGGUGCGCCAGGACUCACAGCUCCUUGCAGGGAACGGACACCGACAGGCUCCCCGAGCACAUCCUGAGCCCCAGGACGGUGGGGCUCGCCAGGGGACUGACUCCGAGCAUGUUGUGGAAGCUGCUGCUGCGGUCCCAGCCUUGCAGGCUGUGCUCUCGCAGAAGGAUGCUGUCAGCCCCCAGAUGCAGACCUUCGGUGGCACGCUUCACCUGCACCCCUGAUAAUCACUCAAAGAAAGAAAAUGAGAGGACAGUAGAAAAGCUCUAUAAAUGUUCUGUUGACAUCAGGAAAAUCCGCAGAUUGAAAGGAUGGGUACUUUUGGAGGAAGAAACCUAUGUUGAAGAAAUUGCAAAUAUUUUACAACAGCUGGGUGCCGACGAGACCGUGGUAGCCAGUAUUCUGGAACGCUGCCCAGAAGCCAUUGUCCGCAGUCCCGCUGCCGUGAGCAUCCAGAGGGACCUCUGGCAGUCGGUCUGCAGAAACAAGGAAGAGCUGGUCAAGCUAAUAGAGCAGUUUCCAGAAUCCUUCUUUGCCAUUCAAGACCACGAAAACCGGAAACAGAACGUUCAGUUCUUUCAAGAGUUGGGACUCAAAAAUGUGGUCAUUAGCAGAUUUUUGACAACUGCCUCUAGUAUUUUUCAUAAUCCUGUUGAGCAAAAUAAGCAAAUGAUAAGGAUUCUCCAAGAGAGUUAUCUAAAUCUAGGAGGCUCCGAGACCAACAUGAAAGUUUGGCUCCUAAAAUUAUUAAGCCAAGACCCAUUCAUUUUGUUAAAUUCUUCCGCAGCUAUCAAGGAAACACUCGGGUUUCUCCAGGAGCAGGGUUUCGCAGACUUUGAAAUUCUCCACCUCCUGUCCAAACUGAAAGGGUUUCUUUUUCAGCUUAGCCCAAGAAGCAUACAGAACAGUAUUUCCUUCUCUAAAAGUGCUUUUAAAUGCACAGAUCAUGACCUGAAGCAAUUAGUGUUGACGUGUCCUGCCCUUUUAUAUUAUUCUGUUCCCGUUUUGGAAGAGAGAAUUCAGGUGUUACUGAAAGAGGGCAUUUCCAUAGCUCAGAUAAGAGAGACGCCAAUGGUUCUUGAAUUAACACCGCAGAUAGUACAGUACAGGAUAAGGAAACUGAAUUCUUUAGGCUACAGAAUAAAGGAUGGACAUCUAGCAAAUCUACAUGGAACAAAAAAAGAGUUUGAGGCUAACUUUGGUAAAAUCCAGGCCAAAAAAGGAAGGCCAUUAUUUAACCCUGUGGCACCAUUAAACGUUGAUGAGUAACUUGCUGGCUGGUACUGCUUCUUUCUGGCAGUUUCUUUCUGGCAGUGCAAGUGAACCGAGGAGCAAAGACACACGAUUCACACAGUUUGUCGGCACCAGGAAUUUUAAGAAACUACUGGUUUCUGUGUCAAUUACCUGUAAGGAAAUAAUCUCCAACUCAUUUGCCUUAUGUGUGUGUAAUUAAUCCUUACCUGGAUUACCCUCAGGGGAUACGUUUAUUGCUUUUAGACAGAAAGGGAGAGAGAGAAACGUGGAUGGGUUGCCUCCCAUACCCUGACCAGGGUUCAAA